GCGCAGCAAAAAUCCAGUUUAAUUGAAUAACACAAUUCGUGAAGUGAAGACAUACCGUUCAAAGGUGCUGAAUAAGCAACUUGUUUAGAAGAAAGCAAAAAAUCAAAGCUUUAAAUUUUCAAGUAAUAUCCUCAAACAAAGAGAAGCAACUGAAAGAAAGUGUUGAACUCGAAGGAAAUUAAAAACAAAAGCUGCAAAAAGCAACCGCAAGAUCUCAUUUGUAAUUUAUCAACUGCAAAACCAAAGUAAAAACAAAAUGUCUGAGGCUUAUUUCGAUGAAUACGAGCACUACAACUUCGACCACGACAAGCACAUCUUCUCGGGCCGCAGUGGCAAGCAACGCAGCAAGAAGGAGGCCAGCGAGCACACUAAUCACUUUGAUCCUAACGGACAUUCACGCAAAUUAGUUACUAAAUUUAUGAAUACCAAUAACAAUCGAAAGACGUGUGCCGCCAAGAAUUGAGUGUUGGUCCAAAGUGAGGAGGUAGAAGUAGUGCAGCAGCCGCAGCAGCAGAAACAGAAGCAGAAGUACAAACGCGUUAGUGAGGAGCAAAAA